AUGGGUUCCGAAUUGGUUUCUUUACAUAUGACCAGUUUCACCAUUAAAACUGGCAAACUAUCGCAACUGGAGGAAGAAUACUUGGAUAAACUUGUUUUAAAAUCUCUACCAGUAAAUUAUAAUUUUGAGCUUAGAAAAUGUGUGUACAGAAUAAGGAAGGAUAACUAUUGCUGUGUAGCCCUUCAGAUGCCGGAAGGACUGCUCGCCUGGGCCCCUGAAAUAAGCGAAAUACUACAGUUCUUCUGUCCAACACUAAAAGAGGUUAUAAUCAUGGCCGAUGUCACGUACGGAGCAUGUUGCAUAGACGAUUAUACAGCAAAAAAUCUGGGUUGCGACUUACUAAUACACUACGGACACUCCUGUUUAGUGCCAGUUACAGAAGUUGGAGUAAAUUGCCUUUAUAUUUUCGUUGAAAUUACCUUUUCGUCUCAAAAGUUAUCAAACGCAAUUGAGUCGUCUUUUAAGCCGGAUGAACACAUCAUAAUGAUGGGAACUAUUCAGUACUCUAACGUUAUACGUGAAGCAGUGAAUAUUAUAAACAAAGGGGGGUACUUUAAGUACUUGAUCGACGUGCCGCAAGUGUCUCCUCUGCUCCCAGGGGAGGUUUUGGGGUGCACAUCGCCAAUAAUUGACCAAAAUAACUUAAAAGUAAACGAAAACCAUAAAGCAGAGUCCAGCGUACACGACCGAGCUGAAGUAUCGCACAUCAUAAUAUUCGUGGCCGACGGAAGAUUUCACCUGGAAAGCACCCUAAUUCAGAAUCCAGGCAUUAAGCUGUACCGCUUCGACCCGUUCAACAAGAUAUUUUCCGAGGAGGCAUACGAUUUGGACACUUUACACUCUGUAAGGAAGAAGGCAAUUUUGAAGGCCACGGAGGCCAGAAGUGUGUGCAUAAUACUAAGUACACUCGGGAGACAAGGGAACGUGAAUAUAUUAAAUAACAUUUGCAGCCUGUUGUCAGAAAGGAACAUCAAGCACGUUAAACUGCUACUUUCUGAAAUAACAAUUGACAAAAUAUUGAAUUUGAAUGUCGACUGCUCAAUUCAGAUUGGAUGCCCUAGACUAUCCAUUGAUUGGGGAGAUUCUUUCCCUAAGCCGCUUUUGAACCCAUACGAGGCCUAUGUAGCCUUCAAGAGCAUAGACUACAGACAGGUGUACCCUAUGGACUACUACUCUAAGUCGGGAGGGGAGUGGUCGAAUUACACAACCAAUGCCAAGUGUUGCGAUAAGUCAAACGUGCGCGAUGCCAUUAGGCAGAGGUUGCUGCAAAGAUCCUUAAUGGCAAGGAGCAUUGGAUAUUCGAAAUAA